AUGGUGUCGUUAGUGGACGGGGAGCGUGAAAGCGGCCGCAAAAAGAGACGCACAAACUGCGCAUCUCCUCCAGCAGCUGCGCUCACAGCGGCUGAGCAGCGGCGGACGGACCGGCACCGGAAACAGACGCUCAUGUCCAGACUGAGCGACUCCGGCUUCGAGGAAGACCUGAUAAGUUUCCCGGCUCAGGCAGACUCGUCAGACGAACCGGAGACUGCAGCGGGACACCGGUCCACCUGGUACCUGCAGUACGGAGACGUCGGGUUCAGGAUCCAGAGGGAGAAGGAGGCGCAGUUUCACCUCUGUGAAAGCCUCGCAGGACAGCCUCAGUUGACAGCAGAGGCUCGGUGUAAGCUGGUCAGCUGGCUCAUCCCCGUGCACAAACAUUUCCGUCUGUCCUUCGAGUGCUGCUGCCUGGCGGUGAACAUCAUGGACAGGUUUCUGGCCUCCAUGCCGGUCGCUGCCGACUGCUUCCAGCUCCUGGGCGUCACUGCGCUCCUCCUCGCCAGCAAACAGGUGGAGGUGUGCUCUCCACAGAUCAGCCAUCUCCUGUCGCUGUGCUGUGAUGCUUUCACUAAAGAGCAGCUCUGCAGACUGGAGUGCCUCAUCCUCCUCCGCCUUAACUUCCGCCUCGCUGCUCCCACUCUGGCCUUUUUUCUCGACUUUUACACCAACUGCAUCGAGGCCGCCCAGCUUGGGACUGAGACCACAAGUGGUGACGGCUUUGUGGGAAUGAAUUCGGACACCAGAAGGCCCAGGCGGUGCAGCAACCUCGCGCAAAAGGUGUGCGAGUUGAGUCUGGCAGACUACGCUUUCAACAAAUACCCACCGUCUCUGACCGCCAGCUGUGCGCUGACGUUAGCCAGCGAGUUACUGAGAAAUGAACAAGAUCCUGCGACCCUCCAGUUUCACCAAGACCAGUGGGACGCUCCAUGUACACAACCAGGCUCUGGCCAACCGUCUGAAAACUCUGAGCCUUGGGAGGGCGACCGUUUGGCCACAAAGGACCGACUCCUGCCUGCAGGAGAAAAGAGUUCCAACCACAACCUGGCACAGGAAUGCAAAGACAACCUGAAGCUGCUGGUGUCCCUAAACCAGGAGACGCUGGAGGCCAUGUCCACCAUGUGA